AGACUCGGGCAAUCCAUAUCAGUUGCAUUUCGAUAAGAUCUCAAUUAUCUUUAAUUGUAAACAAGGCGUAUCAUCGACCUAAUUAUUGUUGCAUUUAGAAACUUAUAUCUAUUGGAAAUAUUAAAUAGGCGAUUAAAGACGCCUAUUAAAAAUUAACUUGUCAAAUUGAAUAUCUUUUACUUUCUUUUUUUUUCUUUUUCUAUCGCGAUCGGUAUUAGACCGACGCUAUCGACGAUAUCGAACGUUGAUAUUAAAAACGUAGAAAUCUGCCGGAGAGCUUAAUAUAUCUUAACCUCUAAUAUCUUAGGAGGUAUCUACAAGAUCGACGAUCCCUCCAUCUCUAAGAGUAUGAUUCGCAUUUCGCAGUUGUGUAUACGAAUAUGAAGCCGUCCAGUGUAUUCUAAUAGAGAGAAUUUAUUUUGUGACGUUGAUUUUACGUUAAUUAAAAUGGUUAAUCAUAUCAGAGAAUAAAAUUGUAAAUCCACUCGCAGACGAUCCGUCAUGUCAACGAUCAAAGGAGAUAACGAUAAAGAUGAGAAUUUUAAGAGACAGGGUUCAUUUAGAAAGCUUUUGCCAACGAACGUCAACGGGGACUCCCAAUUGAGCAUGUCAGUAAAAAUGAUCGAUAGACCGAAUAUCUCUCAAACCAGCAAAGAUUAUGCAGUUUUCUUACAGGAGUAUAAUAUUCUUUCGGAAUACAACAUACUGCGAAUCCAAGAUUUAAAAGGAAUUUAUGUCAUACCAUCGGCACAGAAUUCUUUUGUUUGGUUUGGAGUUCAAUUCAUUCGACAAGGGAUUUAUCAAGGUGGAGUCUUUAGAUUUACUCUCACGUUGCCUGAAAACUUUCCAGACGGUGGAUGUCCCAAAGUUGUAUUUCAAACCAAUGUCUUCCAUCCGCUUAUAAAUCCAGAGACAGGAGAAUUAUGUACAACUUGGGCUUUCGUCGAAUGGAAAAGAAAUAAUAGGGUAUGGCAAUUGAUACAGUACAUAACAAAAAUACUUACUAAAGUAGAUACAAGAAUGACGCCUAUAAAUCAAGAAGCAUCCAUUUUAUUGCAAAACAAUUUUGAUCAGUUUCGAGAACGAGCCAAAGAAUGCGUGAGGGAAAGUUUGAAUCAAGUAUAUAAUUCACCGGCAUUCGAGGAUCCGCAUUAUAUCACGUUCACUCCGUACAUACCAGAAUUGCAUGAUCCCGUUAAGCAACAAAUAUACGAAACAAAGGGAGUAGAAGAGAAUCGAGCGUUAGGACUUUCGUGGGUUCAACCUGGUUCCCUUCAGCCAUUCUCAAAGCCAGAAUCCAGAUAAUGAGGAGUUCCAUUAUUUAUCAUAGCAAUGAUUUAUACCAUUACGAAUUUAACUACAUAAGCACAAGCCUUGCUCUCUCUCUCUCUCUCUCUCUCUCUCUCUCUCUCUCUCUCGAUGAUUAAUAUAAUGAACAGACUGUUAAUUGAAAUUAUAUUUUUGUAUAAACAGAGUCGAGAUAUAUUUGAAAUCUAUGCCAUUUUGCGUCGAUGAAAUAAUUACCAAUGCGUUUAGUCGAUUUGAAAAUACAACCUAUUCUUACUUUUUUACUUUCUUUUUGUGAUAAUAUCAUAGAUCUUGUUGAAGAAGAUUUUUACUUUUAUAAACGUAGGAUCAUGGACGAUCCUUUUCAAGGAAUAGACAAGGAUAAUCAAUUAUAAUUAUUUGUAUAAUGAAGGAUAAUAAAAGGUGCUUUUUUUCUCUCCCUAACCGAAAAUGAACGUUUCACACGUAUGUGACGUUCGUUUGUGCGCGAAUAUCUUUAAAAAUUUAUUAACACAAUUUCAAAUAUUUCAAUUAGUUUUUGGCGUUUUUAGGAACACGAUAAUUUGAUUGGUC